UGGCGCGCUGGGCCCGCGUGGGCCCCCUGAUCUAGUGCAUGUUCAGUGUUGAGUCCCCGAUUCUUCCCGGGGUGCCUUUGGGGUCCCGGGCCAGCCGGGGUGUUAGUGUCCGCAGGCCCGGGGCCAGUGAGGGCUGCUCUUUUCUUUCGGCCGCCGGCCCAAUGGAAGAGCCGCCCGGGAAGCCCCUCAGCUGUGAGGAGAAGGAAAAGUUGAAAGAAAAACUAGCAUUCUUGAAAAGGGAAUACAGCAAGACAUUGGCCCGCCUUCAGCGUGCCCAGAGAGCUGAGAAGUUUAAGACUUCUAUUAAGAAAACAAUAGAACAAGAUUGCUUCCUUCAGCAGGAAAUUUCACCACAAUUAAACCACUCAGAACUUAAAAAUAAAGUAUGUCCUUGUGACAAAUCACAGAUCAGCACCCAUCUUGAUGAAAAAACUGGAGAAAAGACCCCCAUCAUACCUUAUGUUGAUCCUGAGUUCUUUAACCAUGGAGAUGGCCCAGUGGAAGGAUUAUAUCUACAAACAACAAGUGAUAUCCAAGAACAUUUUCCUUACAGUGUCAGCAGCCCUGAUGGUAAGAAAAGACAGAGUAAGCUUCCAGGGGAAAGAAAGAAGCAACAGAAAAGAAAAUCUGUUUCACAGGAGAGAGACUCUUUCUUCAAAUCUAAUUCACUUACACACUCUGGGAAAAGAAGAAAGGAAUGGGAAAAAAUUGAUAGAGAGAAUCCUAGGACAGCAGUAUCCCAAAUAAGAACUCACCUUUCUUGUCCUAAGCCUGAAAUUUUGGAUUCCCCAGCAUCAGUCACAGAAACUAAUGGAGGGAAUGUAUUAAUUUCACAAACUGCCAGACUGGAAAGAGGUGUUGAUGGACUCCUAAGAGGAAAUAAUUUCUCCAAGGUGACCACUGUUCCUUUGCAUACUCCACCAGAUAGCAGCCGUGGCCAGCAGCUUGAACAUAUGCCAACUAAAGACAACUGUGAACUUAUUACCCAGAGUUUAAUCAACAUUUGCCCAGUGGUAAAUAAAGAUAUAAAUGCAUGUAACCAGCUGCCUAGAAGUCCUAACUUAGCAGCAGAUGAUUCAUGUUCUAUAAAUGAGCUCACUUACAAUAACUUACCACCAAAUGAAAAACAGUACUUAAAGAAAAAAAAUCACACUGAGAAGUCUUUAAAAUCUCCUAGGAAUGUUCUCGAUGGUAGGAAUGAAAGUUUCUGGGAAAAUGAGAGUCUAAGUCAACGUGAGAGGCUCAGCCUAGAAGCAGUCCCUCCUGUUUCUACAGAAAAUCAAACACAUUCUUGCACAGUGCUUGACGGGCUUCUGUUUCCUGCAGAAUAUUAUGUUAGAAUGACACGAAGCAUGUCAAAUUGCCAAAGGAAAGUAGCCCUGGAAGCUGUAAUUCAAAGUCAUUUAGGUGUUAAGAAAAAGGGAUCAAAAAAUAAAAAUAAGGAGGCAGCUAGAAAUUUAAACCUUUCUUAUGAAGAAACUGACCAAAGUGAAAUUAGGAUGGCUGACACAUGUGUGGGACAACCAAGUUCAAGAAGUCCUCAGAAAUUCCUCUCAUUAACUGAGGUCAGCUGUCCCCCUGGGUCCUCGGAUGAUAGUGACAUUACUAGGAGGGCAGUUACCCAACCAUCUCAUAAAAGACACAUGGGACAAAGAAAAUCAAUCUACACCCCAUUAUUAGAUCAGGAACUACAUUUGCCAAUUUCUGGCACAUCGGGUAUCAACAGGCCCAAGGAAGAAGUUGCCUUGCACCAAGAUCAGAAAGAAAAAGAAAUGACCCAUGGCAAGAAGAGAGUUAAAGGGAAGAAAGGCCGUCAUCAGAAAGAGGACUCCCUCUCUUCCAGUGGCAGUGCAUAUUUAGCUCUGGAUCAUGAAGCCUUCAGUCCUCCAUUUUAUAAGCAUGAAAUGCUAAGUUUAAAGCAACUGUCAUCUUUCCUCAAAAUCACAGACUUUCAGUUACCUGAUGAAGACUUUGGACCUCUUAAACUUGAAAAACUGAAGUCCUACCCAGAAAAACCAGUUGAGCCUUUUGAAUCAAAAAUGUAUAGAGAGAGGCAUCCUAAAGAAGGAAAUUGUACUGUUUUGAAAGAACUGAUUCCUGAACAAGUAGACAUAGAAAAGGAGGACUUGGAAAAGGAAUUCAUUUUUCUUCCAGGAAAAGUACAUUCAAAAAUGCCUAACAUAAAAAGCCACCAGCCUAAGAAGAAGGACCUUUCUUCAUCCAUGUUACUUUUCACUCCUUUAAAUACAGUUGUACCUGAUGAUAAUGACAGACCUGCAGCAGACCUGUGUUCACCUGCUUUCCCCAUCUUGGGUACUACUCCAGCUUUUGGCUCCCAAGCAUGCUAUGAAAAUGUGUCUGCAGAGGUUGUUGGAUCUACUUGCUGUACACCGCAGCUUUUUCACCUGAAUGACACAACUGGUCUUGCUAAUGAUAGUAAACAAUGCAGCAGUCCAACCAGUCUGUCCAGAUUGGAUACCAGCCUGCAUUUGUCAGGUUGGAAAGGACAACCUGACCAUGACUGUGACUCUGGCCCCCAAGCAACACCUCUACCUGUGGAGUCAUUCACUGUCAAACAAGAUCAGCUACCUGGAGGUACACACCUGGCAUUGUGUAAACAUUCAGUUGAACAGAAUGAAAUGGAAGACCUUCCUGCUUGUGAUAGCGUAAACCCAGGCAACCUUCAAUUGGUUUCAAAGUUAAAGAAUCCUUCAGGUUCCUGUUCAGUAGACGUGGGUACCAUGUGGUGGGAAACAGCUGGUCAUAAAGAGCCAUGCAUUGUAACUGCUUGUGAAUAUAUUGUUUCUCUUUGGAAGCCUCUGGAUACUUGGCAGUGGAAAAAAGUUUAUUCCUGGCACUUCACAGAGGUUCCAGUAUUACAAAUAGUUUCAGUGCCUGAUGUUUGUAAUCUUGUGUGUGUAGCUUUGGGAAAUUUGGAAAUCAGAGAAAUCAGGGCAUUACUUUGUUCCUCGCAUGAUGAAAGUGAAGAGCAAUUACUACUGAAAUCUGGAAAUAUAAAAGCAGUACUUGGCCUGACAAAGAGGAGGCUGGUCACUAGCAGCUGGACGCUUUGUGAUCAACAAAUAGAAAUGAUGACGUUUGCGGAAGAUGGAGGAAGCAAAGAAAAACAGUUUUUGAUGCCCCCUGAAGAGACUAUACUAACUUUUGCUGAGGUUCAAGGGAUGCAAGAAGCUCUACUUGGUACCACUAUAAUGAACAACAUUGUUAUUUGGAAUUUAAAAACCGGGCAGCUUUUGAAAAAGAUGCACGUUGGUGAUUCUUACCAAGCUUCAGUCUGUCACAAAGCCUAUUCUGAAAUGGGGCUCCUAUUUGUUGUGCUGAGACAUCCUUGUGCCAAGGGGAGUGAGUCGUUCGGAAGCCCUGUAUUUCAGCUGAUUGUGAUGAACCCUAAGACGGCCCUGGGUAUGGGUGUGAUGCUCUACUGUCUUCCUCACGGGCAGGCUGGAAGGUUCUUGGAAGGUGACGUGAAAGACAAUUUUGCAGCAGCAGUAUUGACUUCUGGAAAAAUUGCCAUUUGGGACUUACUUCUAGGUCAUUGCACUGCUAUUCUCCCACCUAUCUCUGAUCAAAAUUGGUCUUUCGUUAAAUGGUCAGGGACAGAUUCUCAUUUGCUGGUUGGACAGAAAGAUGGAAAUAUAUUUAUUUACCACUACUAUUAAGAUAAGGUGAAAACACAGUUUCUGGGUAUAUUUGGCCUGUUAAUAUUUUUUGGAGUUGUAGCUGUAAAGGGAAAUAUCUGGAUGACAUUUAAAAUAAUUAGUCUUAUUCAUUGAUACCGAUCGUUUUUUUAUUAUGAUGGUGGUGGGCACCUUUGAUCUUGAAUGUUUAUUUAUACUUACUUAAAUAAUAUUGGUUUUUUCCCACAUUUGCAUGUUUGCUUUUAAAAGGUGUGUAUACAGUUAAAGCGUCAAAUGUUAAUAAAUAUUUAUUUUGAUACAUUCUA